ACGCAAGAGCAAGAAGUUGGAAUGUCUCCACAAUGCACUGAACAAGCUAUUCUUGAUGAAGUGGAGAUACUUUCGUGCACAGUACUUGUACGAUUUGAAGCUGACAACUUGAAUAAAAGGAAGAAUCUUUGUAGCAAGAUAAUUGGAGAAAAAAUGAAGGGGAAAGAGGCUGUUGGUACAGAUACCUCAUUACCUGACUCAGUUGUUCAAGGACUGGAAUCAUUGGAGGUAGAAAAUCUUAAGGUCUUGACUGUAACACAAAUAAAGCAAGUUCGUGUUCUUAUUGAUGAUGCUAUUGCCAAAUGUGACCAGGAGAGGGUUGUGUGUGAAGCAAAGAGGAAUGAAAGUUUGAAAGAGAUAGGCAACUUUCUUCAUGAGAGUGUCCCUGUCAGUGAUGAUGAGGACAAAGACAAUGCUGUGGAACGUACAUUUGGUGACUGUACUGCAAAGAAGAAAUACUCUCAUGUUGAUCUAAUUCAUAUGGUUGAUGGUGUGGAUUGUGAUCGAGGAGCUAUUACUGCUGGCAGUCGAGGAUAUUUUUUGAAAGGACCGUUAGUCUUUUUGGAGCUUGCACUCAUGCAGCAUGCUCUGACAUCGCUACACAAGAGGAAAUUUCUUCCUCUUUACACACCAUUUUUCAUGAGGAAAGAAGUCAUGCAGGCAGUAGCACAACUGAGUCAGUUUGAUGAAGAGCUUUACAAGGUUGUUGGUAAAGGAUCCGAAAAGCAAGGUGACACCAGUCUAGAUGAGAAAUACCUGAUUGCCACCAGUGAACAGCCAAUAGCAGCAUAUCAUAAAGAUGAGUGGCUUGAUCCCAGUGUCCUUCCUCUUUGCUAUGCUGGAGUGUCGUCAUGCUUCAGACAAGAGGUUGGAUCUCAUGGAAGAGACACAAGAGGAAUCUUUAGGGUCCACCAGUUUGAGAAGAUUGAACAGUUUUGUAUCACUUCUCCACAUGAUGGCAAGUCAUGGGAGAUGUUUGAUGAAAUGAUACAAAAUUCUGAAGAUUUCUUCCAGUCACUUGGCAUUCCAUAUCGAAUAGUCAAUAUUGUCAGUGGUGCAUUGAAUCAUGCUGCUGCGAAGAAGUUUGAUUUGGAAGCUUGGUUUCCAGCUUCUGGAGCUUUUCGUGAGAUGGUUUCCUGUUCAAAUUGUCUGGAUUAUCAGUCUCGUCGCCUUUUAAUUAGAUAUGGACAGACAAAGAAAAUGAAUCAGCAGACUGAAUAUGUUCACAUGUUGAAUGCAACCAUGUGUGCCACAACUAGAGCCAUUUGUGCAAUUUUGGAAAACUUUCAGACAGAAGAGGGUGUGGUCAUACCAGAAGUGCUACAUCCAUUUCUACCUGAAGAUUUCUGCUUUUUGAAGUUUGUGAAACCAGCACCAAUUGAUGAAUUAGCAGUAAAAGCCAAGAAAAAGAAGGGACAUGAGACUGUAGGCAAUGUGACUGAUAAGAUGAAGGAAGCAAGUAUCGAUGGAAAGCCAAGUCAAUGAUGUAUCAAUUUGAAGUGGGUUUACACCAUUAUGUUGUUGUAAAAGAAAGACAAUUAUAGACUCUUACACUGAAGUAAGAUGAAUGUGAAUGUUUUUUUUUGGAUGGAAUAUGCUGUUUAUGCUGGUGGCAAGGGUUUGA